GAAUCAAAAUCAGAAAUCAUAAAGCUUAUAAACUUCACGCAUUAUAGAUUAGGGUUUAGUUCUCCAAUUCAUCAUCUUCUGCAGGAAGAGAAAAAGCGAUUCAGUUCAUCUCAUUCUCUCUCUUCUUUUGAAGCUUCCCUCACCAUAACCAUGGCGAAUCAAGCAGCACCAGUUCGAUCUUUUCUUCAAGCUGCUGCAAAGACCGAAGAAGCUCCUCUCCCUCUUCGUGUUGUUCAGAUUGAAGGCUUGGCAAUAUUGAAGAUAAUUAAACAUUGCAAAGAGUGUUCUCCAGAUCCCGUCACCGGGCAACUUCUUGGCUUAGAUGUUGGCAGUGUCCUCGAGGUUACUAACUGCUUUCCCUUCCCGACUAGAGAUGAGGAUGAAGAGCUUGAGGCGGAGGGUGCUAACUAUCAGCUUGAGAUGAUGAGGUGCUUGCGAGAGGUUAAUGUUGACAAUAACACCGUUGGAUGGUACCAGUCAACCUUCUUGUGGUCAUAUCAAACUGAAGAUCUAAUCGAGACGUUCAUGAAUUAUCAGGAAAAUAUAAGGCGUUGUGUUUGCAUUAUAUAUGAUCCGUCAAAAUCAAAUCAAGGUGUUCUGGCUCUCAAGGCAUUAAAGCUUUCAGAUUCUUUUAUGGAGCUAUACCGCAACAACAAUUUUACUGGAGAGAAGUUGAGGGAGAAAAACUUUACAUGGGUGGAUAUUUUUGAAGAAAUCCCUGUAAGUCAUUAUUCAUUUUUCAUUUUUGAAGAAAUCCCUAUUAAAGUCUCAAACUCACCCCUCAUAAGCUGUGUUAUGACACAGUUGGAAACUGACUCACCAGUCAACCAGUGUGAUUAUGAUCGCCUGCAAUUAUCUUCCACUCCUUACUUGGAGAGGAACUUGGAAUUUUUGGUUGGGUGCAUGGAUGCUUUGUCUAAGGAGCAGCAGGAGUUGCAAUUUCAUUACCGUAUUCUUGCCCGUCAACAAGCUCAACAGCAAGCAUGGCUUCAAAAGAGAAGGGCGGAGAACAUGGCACGGAAGGCUGCUGGAGAAGAGCCGUUGCCCGAGGAGGAUCCUUCAAACCCAAUCUUCAAGCAAAAUCCUGAGCCUUCAAGGCUGAAUAGUUUCCUCAUAACAAAUCAAAUUGCCAAUCACUGCAACCAAAUUAAUGGUGCUGUAGGACAGAAUUUCAGUCGACUAUAUCUGACAAAGGCAUUGCACGAGAACUGAUGCAGAAGUUUUGGUGUGCCUCUCCCAUAGAACGUCAGACAAAUACAAUUUUGCUUCCUAAAAUUGCCUGUCUUUUGUGGAAUAUAAGCAUCUGGGAGUUGGUCGGAAUUUCAAGAGAUGAAGAUUUGUUGACUAGUUCAUUUUUGUUUGACUAGAUUCGGGUUUUUAUACUAAAUUUUAAAUUCGUUAGAUUUAUAAUGUUUGUAUUACUAUAAUGAGCUCGUAGAUUUUAUUGUUCGGGUACACUCAAGACAAACAGUAGAAUCUGCAAUCUUUCUUGAUGAAUUUUCCCGAUGGUUCACUUUAUUUUCUAAUAUGUACAAUGUACAUGCUUAAGCAGUUGCACACUAGUCUCUACAUGUACCAAUUCUCAA